AUGGGUUUUGUGAGCGAGCCAUGCGGUUUGGUUCGCUUCUCUGGCGCUCCAUGGGGCCUCCUUCCCGGGGCAGGAGGCACUGAAGCGUGCCCUCCCAUGGGGCGUUUUUCCGUUGUAGCUCCCAGGCUUCCCUCCGCAUGGGGGCUUCCUGAGGGUCUCACGGGCCCCCACAUCUUGGGCAGCAGGACUUUGUUCCUCUCCCAUCCAGGCCAGGGAGACCAGGGCCCCCAGUCCCCUUCACACUCUCUCUCCCCCACCCCCCCACAGACCCUGGAGAGCAGCGUCCUGAGGGCAGGCCGGGAGAAGGGCCUGAGCGAGCAGGACCCUGCCCAGGACUCUCAACUCGCCUGCCUACCUGCCCGCAUCAGGGAGAUCAUCACCCGCAACCUCUCCCAGCCUGAGAACCAAGCCCCGCUGCCGGCCGCGGAGAUGGCAUCAGUGCUGUCGCUGCAGGAGGAAAACCAGCUGCUGCAGCAGGAACUGUCCCGCGUGGAGGACCUGCUGGCCCAGAGCCGGGCGGAGCGUGACGAGCUGGCCAUCAAGUACAACGCGGUCAGCGAGAGGCUGGAGCAGGCUGUGCGGCUGGAGUCUGGGGAGCCAGAAACGCAGGAGCCCACGGGGCUGGUCCGGCAGAGCGUGGAGCUGCGGAGGCAGCUGCAGGAGGAGCAGGCCUCCUACCGGCGCAAGCUGCAGGCCUACCAGGAAGGCCAGCAGCGGCAGGCCCAGCUUGUGCAGCGGCUGCAGGCCAAGACCCUGCAGUACAAGAAGAAGUGCUCGGAGCUGGAGCAACAGCUUCUAGAGAGAUCUACAGAGCUGGAGCGGCAGCGGCUGAGGGACACAGAGCACAGCCAUGACCUGGAGAGCGCCCUCAUCCGCCUAGAGGAGGAGCAGCAGAGGAGUUCCAGCCUGGCCCAGGUGAACUCCAUGCUCCGAGAGCAGCUGGACCAGGCGAACUCGGCCAACCAGGCUCUGAGUGAGGACAUCCGCAAGGUGACUUCUGACUGGACACGCAGCCGUAAGGAGCUGGAGCAGCGGGAGGCGGCGUGGAGGCGUGAGGAGGAGUCCUUCAACACCUACAUCAGCAACGAGCACAGCCGCCUGCUCCUCCUCUGGAGGCAGGUUGUGGGGCUCCGUCGGCUGGUCAGCGAGGUGAAGAUGUCCACCGAGAGGGACCUGCUGCAGCUGGGAGGGGAGCUGGCCCGGACCUCAAGGGCCAUCCAGGAGGCGGACCUGGGGCUGAGCGCAGGCCUGCGGCUGGCCGAGAGCCGGGCAGAGGCGGCCCUGGAGAAGCAGACACUGCUACAGGCCCAGCUGGAGGAGCAGCUGCGGGACAAGGUGCUCCAGGAGAAGGACCUGGCCCAGCUGCAGGUGCAGAGCAACCUGGACAAGGCCAACCUCAGUGCCAGGUGCGUGCCUGGGAGGCACCACGACAUGCGUGGGCGCUAUGAGGCCAGCCAGGACCUCCUGGGCACCCUGCGGAAGCAGCUUAGUGACAGCGAGGGUGAGCGCCGCAGCCUAGAGGAACAGCUGCAGCGUCUACGGGACAAGACCAACGGGGCCACCCAGGCUCAUGAGGAUGCCCAGCGUGAGGCCCAGCGUCUGCGGGGCACCAUUGACCUUCUGAACAGGGAGAAGGACAGCCUGGCCCACAGCCUGCAGGCGGCCCAGCAGCAGGCCGAGGAGCUACGGCAGGAGCGAGAGAAGCUGCAGGCGGCUCAGGAGGAGCUGCGGCGCCAGCGGGACCGGCUGGAGGAAGAGCGGGAGGACACGGCGCGGGACAGCGAGCGGACUCGCAGGGAGCUCGAGCGCAGCCACAGACAGCUAGAGCAGCUGGAAAUGAAACGCUCAGGGCUGGCGAAGGAGCUGGUGGAGGUGAGGGAGGCGCUGAGCUGUGCCACGCUGCAGAGGGACAUGCUACAGGCUGAGAAGGCCGAGGUGGCUGAAGCGCUGACCAAGAUGCGUCUGGGGCAGUGCUGUUCAGGCCAUCCCAUCCCACCUCUGGACACAGGUCCUGGGGUCUGGGAGCUGGUGGGCCUACGGCAACAGAUGACAACUACAGAGGAGAAGGUGGCUCUGGACAAGGAGCUGAUGGCCCAGAAGCUGGUGCAGGCUGAGCGGGAGGCCCAGGCCUCUCUGCGGGAGCAGCGGGCCGCCCAUGAGGAGGACUUGCAACGACUCCAGCGAGAGAAGGAGGCAGCGUGGCGGGAGCUGGAGGCCGAGCGGGCCCAGCUGCAGGGUCAGAUGCACCGGGAGCGAGAGGAGCUGUUGGCACGGCUGGAGGCAGAGAAGGAAGAGCUGAGCGAGGAGAUCGCCGCCCUGCAGCAGGAGCGUGACGAGGGCCUCCUCCUGGCCGAGAGCGAGAAGCAGCAGGCCCUGUCCCUGAAGGAAUCCGAGAAGACGGCGCUGUCGGAGAAGCUGAUGGGUACACAGCACAGCCUGGCCGCCGUCUCCCUGGAUUUGGAGCGGCACAAGAGAGACGCCCAGAGCCGGCAGGAGCAGGACCGGAGCACUGUGAACGCACUGACGUCCGAGCUGCGGGACCUACGGGCCCAGCUUGAGGAGGCUGCUGCAGCCCACGCCCAGGAGGCCAAGAGGCUGCAAGAACAGGCCCGAAACCUGGACAGGCAGCGGGAGUCCUCCAUGCGCGAGGCAGAGGAGCUUCGGACUCAGCUGCGCCUGCUGGAGGACGCCCGUGACGGGUUGCGGCGGGAGCUGCUGGAGGCCCACUUGAAGCUUGCCAACGAGGACAGGGAGCAGAAGCUGGUGCUCCUCACGGAGGCACGGGUGGCCGCGGGCAGGGAGGCCGAGGAGCUGCGGGCCGGACUGCAGGAGGUGGAGCGCUCGCGGCUGGAGGCCCGCCGGGAACUGCAGGAGCUCCGGCGGCAGAUGAAGGUGCUGGACGGUGAGAACACCAGGCUGGGCCGGGAGCUGGUGGAGCUGCAGGGCCGCCUGGCCCUGGGCGAGCGGGCAGAAAAGGAGGGCCGGCGGGAGGCCCUGGGCCUCCGACAGAAGCUGCUGAAGGGCGAGGCCAGCCUGGAGGCCAUUCGGCAGGAGCUCCAGGGAGCCCAGAGGAAGCUGCAGGAACAAGAGGGCGAGUUCAGGGCCCGCGAGCGAGGCCUGCUGGCCUCCCUGGAGGAGGCACGCGGCGCCGAGAAGCUGCAGCUGGACCACGCCCGCAGCUUGGAGCUGAAGCUGGAGGCGGUGCGGGCCGAAGCCGUGGAGCUGGGGCUGCGGCUGAGCGCGGCCGAGGGCCGGGCGCAAGGGCUGGAGGCCGAGCUGGCCCGCGUGGAGGCGCAGCGGCGCGCAGCCGAGACCCAGCUGGGCGGCCUGCGCUCAGAGAAGAUCAGCAAGAUGAAGGCCAAUGAGGUGAAGCUGGAGAGUGACAAGCGGCGUCUGAAGGAGGUGUUGGAUGCCUCUGAGAGCCGCACCAUCAAGCUUGAGCUGCAGCGGCGCUCACUCGAGGGGGAACUGCAGCGCAGCCGCCUGGGCCUCAGUGACCGUGAGGCCCAGGCCCAGGCCCUCCAGGAUCGGGUGGACUCCCUGCAGAGACAGGUGGCAGACAGUGAGGUGAAGGCGGGGACUCUGCAGCUGACAGUGGAGCGGCUGAACGGGGCCCUGGCCAAGAUGGAAGAGAGCGAGGGAGCCUUGCGGGACAAGGCGCAGGGCCUGUCAGAAGCACUGGCCCAGAGUAGCGCCAACCUUACCAGCACCCAGGACAAGAAUCUGCACCUGCAGAAGGCCCUGACCGCUUGUGAACAUGACCGCCAAGUUCUCCAAGAACGGCUGGAGGCCGCUCGGCAGGCGUUAUCGGAGGCCCGGAAGCAGAGCAGCUCCCUGAGUGAGCAGGUGCAGACAAUGCGAGGCGAGCUGGCGGACCUGGAGGUGCAGCGGGCAGAGGCAGAGGGCCAGCUGCAACAGCUUCAGGAGGUGCUGCGGCAGCGACAGGAGGGGGAGGCAGUGGCCCUGAACGCGGUCCAGAAGCUGCAGGAGGAGCGGCGGCUGCUCCAGGAGCGCCUGGACGGCCUGCAGCGAGCCCUCGCUCAGCUGGAGGCCGAGAAGCGGGAGGUGGAGCGGUCAGCGCUGCGGCUGGAGAAGGACCGGGUGGCCCUCAAGAGGAUGCUGGACAAGGUGGAGCGCGAGAAGCUUCGCAGCCAUGAGGACACGGUGCGGCUGAGCGCCGAGAAGGGCCGCCUGGACCGCACGCUCACGGGGGCUGAGCUGGAGCUGGCUGAGGCCCAGAGGCAGAUCCAGCUGCUGGAGGCCCAGGUGGUGGCACUGGAGCAGGACCAGAGCCCAGCCCGGCUGGAGGCCGCGGAGCAGCAGCAGCGGGAGGUAGAGCGGGAGGUGGAGCGCCUGCGCAGUGCCCAGGUGCAGACAGAGCGCACCCUGGAGGCUCGGGAGCGGGCCCACCGGCAGCGCGUGCGCGGUUUGGAAGAGCAGGUGUCCACACUGAAGGGACAGUUGCAGCAGGAGCUCCGGAGGAGCUCAGCAUCCUUCCCCCAAACCUCCGGCCCCCCAGGGGAAUGA